CAGUUCCAACUUUGACCUUUCACCUUUCUUGAUUCCUCUGUGCGCACCUAUACACAGAAGAAAAUGACCAUCAAACUGUUGAGAGACUCAGUGAAUGAGGACAUGAAAAACCUGAAGGUUGAAAUCGAGUCCUUCAGCAUAGAAGAUUUCCCACAAGAGCCUGUAGACCCCCUGGAAGAGGAAUGCAGCUCAGGUAAGCCAGACGACAUCAACUCAGUUCCCCUGAAAUCGGAGAGCGCCUCACUGCUGGCCGAGGUGGAGGCGGAGCCGAAAGGAGAGGGCGGGCACAGAGAGCGCAGCGGGAGCAUGGAGAGGAGGUGGAGCAGCCGGAGCUGGAGGCAGCGGAGUCCAGCGGGCGAGCACACCAGGGGGCGGAGCAGGAGCCGCAGCAGGGAGUGGGGCCACAGGUACGAGUGCAAGUGCAGCUGGAGCCGGAGCCGAAGCCGCAGCAGGGAGAGGAGCGGCCGGGGGAGCAGGAGGUGGAGCCGCAGCCGCAGCCGGGAGCGCACCAGCGUCCGCUACGGGAGACGCAGUGACAGCAGGGAGCGGGCAGCCAAUCAGGCCAGGAGGCGGAGCAGGAGCCCGAGCCCUGCGUGGGAUGGUGGCAGCAGAAGGAAGAGAAGCACAAACGAUGCCCACGCUGGGCAUUCCAUUGUGAGGGACAGGAGCAGAGAGGCCCCACACACGGUGCAACUUGAUCAGUCAGCUCAGGAAGUACCCAGACGCAAUGAUAUCUUGGACGAUGAGCUAGUCAGGAAGAAGAGAGAGCUGGAGCUACUUGAAGAGCAGAUUGCCCGAAAGAGAGCUAUCAUAGCGAUGGAGCAGAAAGGUCUAACCCCGAAGGUCCAUCCCAGAGAAGAGCAGGACUAUGAUUCCCACCUCCCCACAGACAAUGCGUACUACCAGUGCAGGCUGCCUCUGGAGUCUGAACAUGACACGCCCCUUAAAGACGUUAGAUCCACCCCUGGACCCAUCCUGAAGAAACGGGCUGAACCUUUUGAGUUGGACAACUACCUACAGACUGAAUUCACCAAAAAACCAUCUCUCGACCAAAAUUUCCUUUCCCAGUCACAUCUUGACCAGCCCCCUGGCGAUCAUUCACUUCACCAAAUCUCUGUUCGCUACUCUCAUUUCAGUGAGCCAUCUGGCCAUCCUUCCCUCGGCCACCCUGUAUCCCAGCACGUACCUGUCCAUCAUCCCCCUCUCGAAAAGUCUGCACCCCAUCAGAUCCCCCCCCAUCCUCCUACUCACAGCCAAUCAUCUGUUGACCAGCCCCCUGUUUGCCAUUCCCCUCCCGACCGUGAACCGGCUCCUAAGAGCAACAUUUCCACCCAGUUUGACCGAUUCCUCCGAAUCCUCAACAAAGGGGUGGAUGUAAACCUCCUCACCACCCUGGUUAGAGAGACCAAGGAGGAGACGGCUGCCUAUGAGAAGCAGACGGCCCACCAGCUUCCGCAGAAUGAGGUUCCCUACAAGGACCGAGACCCUUACAAGGAUUCGUAUGGGAGAAGGCCAGAGGAGCAAGAGGACCUUGGAGAGAGCAGCCAGGACUUCCUCCUGCCCCAUGAGAGGGCUUGCCAGGACGGCAUCGGAUUUUCCCGCAUCGUAAGGAUGAAGCACGGGGUGCAGGAGGAGGAGCCGUACUGGAAGGAAGGGGAUGUGGAGGAUGAGGAGCGGUUCCUGUAUGGCGAGAGGGCGUUUGGGGAUGAAGAUGAACAGGAAACCUCGGUGCCACCAGACAGGAAGCACAGAGGACCAAGCCCAUCUUGGCCAGCGGCGGAGAAGCCCCUCUCGGUGGCGAACGGAGAGGACAAGAUGCAGCACUACGACAAGAUCCAGAGCCUGCUCCAGACCAUCGGCCUGGACCUCGACACGGCGGAGGUCAGCAAGCUGACGGACAGGACACAGGAGCGACUCUAUGGCAAGAAGCUGAAGGCCAAACCACCCGAGUCCGAACAGACCCGCUCCGUUUCUCCUGUCCAGUCAUCAAGGAGGGAGGUCUAUAUGAGCUACUCGAGCACCCUAGAACACGGCAGCACUCAUAACCAGAGGAGUCAUCGAGAGGUGCCUUUAGCUUCCCCCAUGGGGCUGCCCCAUGGGCUGCCCCCAGCGUACGCAAGUAAGACCUGCACAGAGGUAAAGAAUGUGUGGAUUUGUGGCCACUCGCUCGUGUUUUGGGCAGAGAAGAGAGCCAAGUCACCCGAGUACGGCAAGCAGCUUGGUAUGGACUCCAGCUGCGUGCGCGUCUGGUGGAAGGGGAUGCAGGGCAUGACCUGGGAGCAGCUGCUCCCGCUGCUGCUGAAGCUGAAGGGCAGCUGGCCCAACCCGGACGUCAUCAUCCUGCACCUGGGCGGCAACGACCUGGGCAAGACCGACCCCAAGGGCCUGCUGGCCGCCAUGAAGAAGGACCUGACCUCCCUGAAGAGCAUUUUCCCGCAGUGCCUGCUGGUGUGGUCGGACAUCCUGCUGCGUCGCUCCUGGAGGACCACGGAGGGUGCCGAAGCCAUGGAGAGCACCCGCGUCUCGGUCAACAAGAAGGUGCACACGAACAUCGCCGAGCUGGCGACCCACCACCAGAUCCGGCCCGGUUCGGACACAGGCCUCUACUGGCCUGAUGGGGUUCACCUGUUGGGGAAAGGCAUUGACACCUUCAACAAUGACAUGCAGGAUUUCUUGGAGAAGUGGGAGACCAAGCUGAACGAAACCGCCAACCAAAGUUAG